CUCACUCACUCAACAAUAUUGUUGUGUGUGUACAUUUGUAUAGUAUAUAAACAAUUCAACCAAACUACUGAGGCUAUAUAUGUUUGUUUUGGGUGUGACAUUGACACAGACACUGACACUACUAGGAUAGGAUUUUGGGCCCAUUUGUUGCCUUUUUCUCCCUUUCUUAUAGUUCCCACCAUCCCAAUCCAUAGGCCAAACUAAUCAACUUCUCACUACUCUCAGAAUUCCUCUUCCUUCUCUCUCUCUCCCUCCCUCUAAUCCUAACUUACUAGUACAGUCAUAUCUUGUUCGUUUUUUUACUCCCAAGAGAGUUAGUGAAACUUUAGAGGUCAGAAAAUGAAGUAGCUAGUAAGACAGGAAAAAGAAAGAGCUUUGCUCCAGCUUAUAAUUAAUAGAUCUAUUAAUUAGUAAUAUCUACUACUAUACUUUUGUGAAUUUCUAGUCGUUUUAUGAGUUUUACUUCUUCCCUCCAAGUUUGCAUGGAUUCAUCAGAUUGGCUACAGGGUAGCAUUCACGAGGACUCGUCAGGAAUGGACUCUUCUUCUCCCUCAAACGACAUGCUCGCAUGCUCAAGGCCCUUAAUGGAACGAAGGCUUAGACCCCCACACGACCAAGCCCUCAAGUGCCCAAGAUGUGACUCAACCCACACCAAGUUUUGCUACUACAACAACUACAGCCUCUCUCAGCCCAGGUACUUCUGCAAGACCUGUCGUAGGUAUUGGACCAAAGGUGGCACCCUCCGCAACAUCCCCGUCGGAGGCGGUUGUCGUAAGAACAAGAAAGUCUCCUCCAAGAAGCCCAACGACAACAAUUCAGAUGUCGUUUUAGCUAAUAAUAACAACAACAAUAUGAAUCCAGUUGGGCCCACCGACCUUCAGCUGGCGUUCCCGGACCAAGUUCAGUAUUGUCACCUCAUGGGGAGUAGUGCAUCUCAUGGGUCAGGCCCAAAUAGCUUCUUUGAAAGCCCAAGGCCCAUUGAUUUCAUGGAGAGCAAAUUUGAAGCCCUAGUGGGAAACUCAUCUGGGAACUAUGAUUUUAUGGGGAAUAACACCAGUAAUGGAGAUAUGGGCAUGGCUGGGAUUGGACUUGGUAACUUAGGUGGUACACAUAAUAAUAAUAAUCAUCAUCAUCAUCAUCAUCAUCAUCAUGGUGGUGGAAUGGUACUCGAACCCAAUUUUAAUGGCUUAUGUCCUCCAUAUGGGAUGUCCCUAGAUGGGACCAGUACUGGGACUUUUAUGGACACGUGUCAAAGGAUAAUGUUACCAUACGAAGGGAAUCAUGAAGACCAAAAUGGGAUUGAUGUGAAGCCAAAUCCUAAGCUCUUAUCCCUUGAGUGGCAAGACCAGGGUUGUUCUAAUGCUGGGAAAGACUCAUUUGGGUACCUCAAUGGGUUAGGGUCGUGGUCCGGCGUGAUGAACAAUUAUGGACCCUCCACAUCGAACCCAUUAGUUUAAUUAGCUGUUGAACUAAUAAUAUUUUUUGUUUCAUUAUUAUUAGUAUUAAUCGGGUUCAGUGGUGUGAUUAGUGACCUCAUUAUGAUAUGUCCAUCAACUUCUUCGUUAGACUAUAGCUAGGUUAUUGUCCAACUACAUAUAUUUAAGGCUUUUAAGAAAAAGAUUGUCCUUUUGACAAGUUUUUUUCUUCAGUUAUAUAUGUUUCUUCUUCUUC